AUGGACGGGCGAGGGCGUGGGCGGACGACGGCGACGUUCGCGGCGCGCGUGCGUGACGGGGGGAAGGGCGUGGAUGUCGUUGAUGUCGUGGACGCGCUCGAGCGCGCGGGAGGGGCGGAGACGGAGGCGAGAGCGGCGAUGGAGGAUGGGGAUUUCGCCGAGGCGGCGGCGCGGUACGACGAGGCGCUCAAGACGCUCGCCUCGAGCGAUGCGGUGGAAUCGGCGCUCGAGUUACGGGCGGUGAGAUUGCGGUUUUCGUGCUUCGUCGGUCUCGCGAUGGCGUGCGCGGCGUUGGGGGAGCACGAGCGGGGGUUGGCGAACGCGCACGCGGCGUUCGGCGAACGCGCGUUCGACGAGGACGCGGAACGGACGCGCGAGUGCCUGGUGGCGAACGCUAUGGCGCAGUGUGGACUCGGGAACGUCGGUGCGGGGGCGUUGUGCGUUGUGGAGGCGAUGCGUCGCGGGCGGGAGGGUGAUUUUGGAGGAUUUCCGGAGGAGGCGACUCGCGAGGCGCGGCUCGAAACGAAGACGCGCUCGACGCCGCUGGACCGGUUCGUCAUGUUGACGAUGCGUUUGAAUCGCACCGAGGAGGAUCGCGCGCGGAUCGAGGGAGCUUUAGAUAUGCUAGAGAGCGAGGGUUGGUGCGUGGACGCGCGAGACGAGAGCGGGUACAACGUUCUGUGGGGUGCGCUCGCGGGCGCGCGGGCGACGCGAGAAGCCGAAGGAACGGAGGCUGGCGAGGAAGUCACCCCAGUCGUUCGCAUGCUCCUCGAACGCGGGGCGCGGGCGAAUCAGAUGUACGGGACGAGUGGAGACAGUUCGCUGCACAUGGCUGUCGUGUCCGGCGUCGCAGGUGUGGUGGAGGCGGUAUUGGAACACGGCGGCGACGUCAACGCGCGAGACGAUCGCGGACGCACGGCGCUUCACGUCGCGUGCGAACGAAAGUUGGCCGACGACGAGCGACCUCGCGUCGUGGAGCUUCUGAUCGCCGCGGGAGCUUCAAAUAUCAACGUUCGGGACGCGAACGGGCUCACACCCUUGCACGUCGCGUGUAAGCACGGAAACGACUCAAUCGUGGAGACGCUUCUCGCGGCGGGCGCGGAUUGGCGCGCGAGAAUUCCGAGCGGUGAAUCGCCCGUCAUGUUGGCGUACACGCGCGCGAAAGGGUCGGGGGUGAUUGCAGAGAUUUUGAAAUUCGUCGAAUCUCUCGAGGGUGACGCCGCGGUCGUGGAGGAGACGGAGUUAUUUCGUCGAGCGUCGGGCGCCAACGCGUCAUCAUCCCCGGCGGAGAGAUGCGUGCGAGAAGACAUUUCCCUCGUCAAGUGGUGCGCGCGCGAGCAAGUUCUUUCGGAUACGCUUUCAUCGAUCGUAAAUUGUGCGCCGUUGGGAAAGAUCGUCAUAUUUACCGCGGAUGCGUUCGAUAGCGACGUCGCGCGCGCGGCGGCGACUCGAGCGUACAUGGAAUCGUGCGAUUUCGAGCUCGACGACGCUGGUGAAACGAAAUCACCCGCGAGCGUCGCCGUCGCCCUGUAUCGUAAGUACGGCGACGUGCUAUCGUCGUUCAUUCGUUACAAUCAGUCCAUGUUUCCAAUCUCGCUUCGCGAAUCAUUCGCGGAUGAGAAGUACAACACGAACUUGCCUCUCGACGUUGUGGCGAGAGCGGUGUACGCGCAGAGUCGAGUCGCUGACGCGUCCGAGGUCGCCGUACCUUCGAUGUUCUCGCCGUCAACGCUGCAUUCGCCCAUCUUCGUCGCUUUCGAGUCCAUCAUGGCGCAAACGGUCGAACCGUCGUUCGGUUUCGCCCCCUUCAUCGUUGACAAGGCUCGAGCGUGGAUGAGCGCCUCCGUGGAUGCCUUGGUCGCCGUCACUCGCGGCGGCGCGUACGUCGCGGCGAGGGCAAAAGACGAUAUGAACAUCCCGACCGAGGUCAUCGUUUUGCGAGACGAUGGAGCUGCCGCACCGGCGUGUUUCGUCGAGGACGCGGUGACGAUGGACGAGAGCUCUUUUACGAAACUGAACGCGAACGGCGCGACGCUUCUCGUGGAGCUCGAACCGGGAGACGGACCGCGGGGCACCGCCUUACUCGAGCUCGCCGUCGACGCGUACGAUGGAGACGUCGUGAUCGUCGUCAACGCACGUCAGGACGAGGAAAAAACGCGAGCGAUACUCAAAUCUCGCGGUUUCGUCGAGCGCGAGACGAGGCGAGCGACGACGUUCACCGCGGCUGGGCGACCGUACGGAUUUCACACGUAUCGUAAAACCUAG